GGCAGCAACAAUUUUCUUCACCGGGGUCAUGAGAAAAAAGUUUGACCCCCCCGAUGUAAAGGCGAGGGCACAACCCACGGAGUAGUGCUGCAGUUUCACAUUCAGACUCUUGGGCAAAUGCCUUGUGGUUCUGGUGACUUACUACUGUUUAUCAGUUUGCUCCAAAGCUGCUUCUAAUGACACCUUUCAAGGCGGAAAAUUGUAUGGUUAACAGAAAAGAUCAGAACUAAGGAUUUUUUUCAAAAAUUGUUUUAUACAGCUCUCCCCUCUCAAGAGUUGAGGGUGUUGUAAAUUCUAAUAAAGCAACUGAGCAUGCAAAGGAAGGAAUAGAAGGUGAUUUGUCGGUCCUCCUAGCAUCCUUCAGUUAAAUUCAGACUGCCAUAGAUCAAGCAACAGAACAGAUGGAUAAUGGAGACUGGGGAUAUAUGAUGACUGAACCAGUCACACUAAAUGUAGGUGGACACUUGUAUACGACAUCCCUCACCACUCUCACAAGAUAUCCCGAUUCAAUGCUUGGGGCCAUGUUCGGGGGAGACUUCCCCACUGCCAGGGACUCUCAGGGCAAUUACUUCAUUGACCGAGAUGGACCUCUUUUCCGGUAUGUUCUUAACUUUUUAAGGACUUCAGAGUUGACUUUGCCAUUAGACUUCAAGGAAUUUGACUUGCUUCGAAAAGAAGCAGAUUUUUAUCAAAUUGAACCACUCAUUCAGUGUCUUAAUGACCCCAAGCCUUUGUAUCCUGUGGAUACCUUUGAAGAAGUAGUAGAGCUGUCCAGCACACGGAAACUUUCCAAAUAUUCCAAUCCAGUGGCAGUAAUUAUAACACAGUUAACCAUCACAACUAAGGUCCAUUCGUUACUGGAAGGCAUUUCAAAUCACUUUACCAAGUGGAAUAAGCACAUGAUGGACACAAGAGACUGCCAGGUUUCCUUUACUUUUGGGCCAUGUGAUUACCACCAAGAAGUUUCCCUCAGAGUCCAUCUGAUGGAAUACAUUACAAAACAAGGUUUUGCGAUCAGAAAUACAAGAGUUCACCAUAUGAGCGAGCGGGCCAAUGAAAAUACAGUGGAGCACAACUGGACUUUCUGUAGACUGGCACGGAAAACGGAUGACUGAUGCAUGGUUCCACAGAUGCCAUUUCAGAGGUUACACGCAACUUCCUGGAACAGCAUACCGGAGAGAAUCUAAUUGUGACUGAAGCAGCAGCAUGGGCUUUUUAUAUGACUAUUUAUUAAUAACCAUUAAGGACUGGAGACGUUACGUGCUCUAGCAGCUGUUUUUGUCUUGUCCAGAAAAAGAUAUGCAUGUGCCUGUUCACACUGUCAAGAUACUUUUUUUAAGGAGGAGUCUUAAAAAUCAGUACGGUAGGACGCUUUGUGUCAGCUCUUUCAAUCUCAAGUGCUAAAUUCACCUAUUUAAAUGGUCUCUAAUUCAUUUACUGUUAGAACACUGGGAGUAAAGAACAAACAGGAUUUAAGCUGCAGAUGAGGGAAAUGCGAGCAUCAUGUAAACUAAUCUAGUUUCUAAAUCCAAUAAACAGUAUUGUAAUAUUUUAGGAAAACAAAUCCUACCCUUUUAAAGUAUUUAAGUACAGCUUUUUACAGUUAUGACAACUGUUUUUCUAUGCAUAUAAAUCAAGCAACCAAAUAUUAUCUGUAGCCAUGAAAAUGUGAUUAGAAACAUUUAUACUGGAUUCUGAAUGCAAAAUAUCCAGAGGUAGAAUUCAUACUUUUAAUGCCUAGUGCAAUAUUAUUCCCAAGUGUAAUGCCUGCCAGCAAAAAGCUAAUAAACAUGUAAAAUAUGGAAA